ACUCGGCAAACGUAUUAUCACGAUUAAAGACAGUAUCUUUAAUCGUGCGUAUUAUCCGUAAAACAAUUUUUUUUUUUGAGGUACCUUACCAAAACAAAAACUAAUGGGAGCACCAACCGAACAUAAUAUAUGAAUAUGACUUCGACAGUAAUAUAGGAGAUAGAUAUCUUAAUUCAUACCAUUCAUGGUUACAAGUUACAACUACUGCUGGUACAACAGAACGCCCGACUCGGUUCUUAUCAAAAAUACGCCGAGUCGGUUUUAUUGUUUAUAUACGAUAUGAUUAUGAUACCUAUACAUGAAAUUAUGCGAAUUUUACACAAAAUUCAAAACUGUCUUCAUUGACAACAUUUUUUUAAUUUAUGAAAUUAUUAUUUUUUAUCCACAAGUAACCAUUUUCCGAUUUUUUAUAUUCAAUAUAUACUGUGUACGUGUGUUGUACUAUUCAUCAUUAAGGAAUAUACAAUAUUCGUAUGUAUAUAGUGUUUGUUAUGUCUAUCAAUGCUGAAUAAUAUGUUUUUAUGUUCUAUAUUGAAAUAGUCUUAUAAUGAAAUUUCAUUAUUAAAUUAAUCAACUCCGAGUAUGGAAACCAAUCAUCCAGUGUCGACGACGCGGGUUGAUGCCAUGGAUAAUAUCAAACAUGAUCGUUCUGUAAACCACGGCUCUCUGAUAAAUAAUAUAAGUCAUAUGCCAACAUUUGGUCUACCAGCUAGUGCCUAUGAAUUAAAUUCCAGUGCAAGAUUAACUAUACGAUUUGAUAGAGAAAUGUUCAACAGUAGUCUAUUUGAGAGUGAAAUAGAAAUCAGUCCGGCGUUUCGAUUUAAUAGAAAUGAUUUAUUCAGACCUCCGCAUUUUGAUUUCAGUCAUAGAAGUAACACAUUAUUGAAUGGACAAUUCUCUACACCCAAGGAACUAGUUCAAAAUUUAGAUACCAAAAAGCAUUUACAUGAGUUUGGGUUAAAAAAAGCCGAGGUCAAAGCCAAACUGUUUAAAUGUGAUGUGUGCAAAAAAUCAUUCUCUAGUUCUGGUGGAUUGACUGUCCAUUACAGAACACAUACAGGUAACAAACCUUUCAAAUGUGAUUUAUGUAAUAAAACUUUCUCAAAUUCAAGUCAUUACAAUUACCACAUGCGUGUACAUUCAGGAGAUAAACCAUUUAAAUGCCAUGUGUGCAACAAAGAAUAUUCUUGUGCUAAUGGUAUCUUAUACCAUCAGAGAACCCAUCACUUUUUACAAGAUACAAAACCGCUAAAAUGUGAUGUAUGUGACAAACUGUUCUCCAGUAUUGGUGGUCUGACUGUUCAUUAUCGCUCUCACACUGGUGACCGCCCAUUUAAGUGUGAUGUAUGUUUUAAAACAUUUACUAGUUCCAGUCACUGCAAGUAUCAUCAGAAGACUCAUUCACAAUUGAUUGCAAAAAAAACCUUGAAAUGUGAUGUUUGUAACAAAUUGUUCUCCAGUUCAGGUGGCCUUGUAGUUCAUUACAGAAUGCAUACUGGUGAUCGUCCAUUCAAAUGUGAAGUUUGCUUCAAAUCAUUUACUAGCUCCAGUCAUUUCAAGUACCACCAAAAAUCACAUGUGAUUUCAAAUGAUAAAAAAACAUUGAAGUGUGAUGUAUGUGAUAAGUUAUUUUCUAGUGCUGGUGGUCUAGUGGUUCAUUACCGUACACAUACUGGUCACAGACCAUUCAAAUGUGACAUUUGCUUAAAAUCUUUUACCAGCUCAAGUCAUUUCAAAUAUCACCAAAAAACCCACAUGGUUAAUGUUUAAUGUAACUUAAAUAAAUUUUAGUUAAGAGAAACUUAUUACUUAUUAGGUUAUUAUAUUUAUAUUUUGAAAUGCUUACUUUUUAGUUCAGUAAA